AUGGACAUCACUCGUGGUUCAAGAAGAGCACGGCAUGUAGCUGCCACUCAUGCGAACCCAAACAACAACACAAACGCCCGGGCACAGGCACAGGCAAAUAGGGCCUCGAGCCCGAGACCUGUACCAUCCGAUAUAACCUCAUCCCCAGUGCCCCAAGCUCCAGCUGCUACUCCAAGCGGCCCUUCUACUAGAUUGCACCCGAGCCAAGGCGCUUCUCCUCUUGCUGCUGCUCCAAUGGUUACGCCUGACGGUCCUCCAGUUCAUCGAACACCAGAUCAACCUCCUGACCAGAGACGACGUCGAGCGCCUCCUCCUAAUCCGUUUCGUCUGUAUAGAAUGUUUGCAGCUGUAGUUGGCUGCCAUUGGUCAUCUGCCACUUAUCGACGGCUGCCACCAACUGAUGCCUUCAUCUCUCUUCUGCUCUUAUACCUUCUGUUCUUCUUCUUCUUCAACACCAGAUCUACACUUCAUACUCCUUCACGCAUCAUCAUCUCUCCCCAUAUCCCAAUAGCCAAUUCUUCCAACAAAUAUCUUGUUAACCCUCUUUCUCUAUCACCAUCUUUCCUUUCUUCUGGUACCUUCAUCUGCUGUUCUCAGCUUGAUCACUCCUUCAUCACUGAACUUGUUCCCCCUUUAUCCGAACAAACCAUCCCAUCCCUGAACAUGCCUUCGCGCCGCGACAUCUACAUCCCUCCCCCUCCAGCCUCAACUCAUCGAAUCAACCGCGAUCACCGCAUCAAGCGAGUUCCACUCCAAGAUCUUGCCUUCAAGAAGUCCAGUGGCGCUCUUCUGCAGCAGCGCAAGCGAGUCUUCCGAACCGUUCCUUCUCCAGACAAGGAGAACGUGGAAGCCUGCUACCGAGCCAUUGAUCAUCUCAGUGUCACCUUUGAGGAGUGGUAUCAAGAGCGCAUGCGACUUCUCCGCGAAUCACGAGAACUGCGAACAAGUAUUAACAACAUUCUCCUAGCUGCCCAGCAGCCUACAGACCGAUCUCGUCUCAGCAUGCCUCCCCGCGAUUCCGACGCCUCUAGCUCCGACGCCGAGCCUGAUGAGAGUAUUCUCUUCAACCGCGCUCGCCCAAUGGCUGCUCCCGCUGGCCCUUCUUCUGAUGCCACAAUGGCUAACAACGACGACCAAGCUGCUGAGGACGAUGUUGAUCAGCGCACUCUUUCUCACUCCCCUGAAGAGUAUGAGGAUGAGAACUCAAUCGACGAAGAAGAAGAAGAAGAAGUCGAUGAAGACGAGGAUGACGAAGAAGCCGCUGAGCACGACCAGGCUCAUGAAGCUGCUACCCUUUUCGACCCCGCUACUGCUGGACUAAAGGAGAUUUCCAACCUUGCCCGUUUCACUGUUAGCAGCCACAAGCCUGGCAAUGGUGUUGAGGAGCUCAAGAGCGAUGACCUCAAGCUCUUCUGGCAAUCUGAUGGCCCUCAGCCUCACAAGCUCACCAUGUACUUCACCAAGCGUGUUGGUAUUCGCGACAUUCGCUUCUACGUUGACUACAACGAGGACGAGUCCUACACCCCUACCAAGGUCGUCUUCAAGGCCGGCACCAGUGAGAACAAUCUCAUCGAGUUUGCUACCAUGGCUCUCGAGAAUCCCUCCGGCUGGCAGCAGGUUCCCAUCGCUGGCGCCGGCGGUGGCCCUGACGGCAACACCCUCGUCGCUUGGGUCGUUCAGAUGCAGAUCCUCGAGAACCACCAAAACGGCAAGGAUACCCAUCUUCGCGGUAUCAAGAUUUAUUCUUUCGACAAUGACUCCGCUCUUGGCCCCGGUCGCGAUGGUAACCCUGUCGAAGAUGUCCUCGACCUCAUGGACACGGCCACUAGCCAUAUCAACCCCAGCUCUACUCGUUCGCGCCUCAGCAACUUUGGAGCUUCCAAUUUUGAGUCUGCGGAGGGAGGUCUCGCCAUCCCUGAGUUCAUGCGAGAGCCUGAGAUCCGCUAA